CGCUUCGCCUCCCCGCUCUCCGGAAACCAGGAGGUGAGCGCAUUUGGGGAGGCCGGCGAGGGCGACUACCUGGAUGACUGGACAGUGGUGUGCAGUGGGACCUACUGGGCACGGGACGAGGAGGUGCGCUUCCAGCAUGCCUCCACCGACGUCUUCCUCUCGGUGACGGGGGAGCAGUACGGGCGGCCCAUCCACGGGCAGAAGGAGGUGCACGGCAUGGCUGCCUCCAGCCAGAAUAACUACUGGAAGGUGAUGGAGGGCAUCUUCAUGCAGCCUAGUGAGGUCUUCAAAGCGGAGCAGUACCACACGGAGUUGUGAUGGACAGACAGACUGGUGUGCUGCCCCAAUGUGUUCAGGGCUGCUCCGCCCGGGGGACGGCCCCCGUCCCCACCCGGGUCUGACACACUAGGAUGCAGAGCCCCAAACCCAACACAAAGCAGAUCCCAAUGUCCUGGAUUUGAUGCAGAGUGGAUCCUGGUGUCCCAAAUCCCGAUGUCCAGACCUGACCCAAAGCCAAGCCCAACAUCCAAGAUCCAACAUGAAAUGGGUCCCCACACCCUAAAUCCAGCCCAAAGCAGAGCCUAAUGUCCAAACCUGACCCAAAGCAGAACCCAACAUCCAAGAUGCAGCAUGAUGCGGGUCCCCAGGCCCUAAAUCCAGCCCAAAGCAGAUCCCAGUGUCCAGACCUGACCCAAAGUGGAGCCCAACAUCCAAGAUGCAGCAUGAUGCGGGUCCCCAGGCCCUAAAUCCAGCCCAAAGCAGAUCCUAACGUCCAAACCUGACCCAAAGCAGAGCCCAGCAUCCAAGAUGCAGCACGAUGUAGGUCCCCAGGCCCUAAAUCCAGGCCAAAGUCAAGCCCAAAGUCCAGACCUGACCCAAAGCAGAUUCCAGCACCCCCCAACACUUCCCCUGUAGCCCCUCCUCGGUCCGAGGAUCCUCUGCUGUUGUCGGGUGCUGCCCCGUGUCCAUUUCCCCCCGCCCCCCCACUGUACCCC